UUAAAUGUAUCAGGUUAAAACAAUAUUUCAAUGUUUAGCUGAAAUAGUUGUGUUUCCACAAGACACUUCAGUUCUGGCAAGACUGUUUUUUUGUGGGGGAAGGGGCUUAUCAGAAAACAGUCAUCACAUUUCUUUGGACAGUCCUGCUUUUGGGUAUUAAAACUCCCAUCAACCCCCCUUGGGCCCUCCCAAGAAUUAAGCUCUAGUUCUGUGUGUUAGGCUCAAGAUGUACCUUAACAAUGUGUUUAGUGAUGUAGCAUCACAUCCCCCUAGCCAGUUGCCACAAUUCCAUGGCUUGGUAACCUGAUAUUAGGUAAGAAUGAUUGAAAGAGAUGCCACAAAACUCCAUCUCAGUCAGGAAUUAAUACCUCUCUUUGUGAACAUUUUAAUGGUAUAUUCAAAGCAUGCUGUUGAUCUGGGUUUCCUACUGCAAUAUCCUGCUUGGACUGGGAAGAGAUAUGAAGAUAUCUUUUGGGGGAAGCCCUCUUAACCUAGCAGUACAACUGCCCAGAGCCUCCUUAAGAGAAAAAGAAGGGGUGGGGAGAUUCAUACUAGCUGGCUUUAAUAACACCGCCUCCUUGUUAUUUCAUCUUCCUUACAAGGCUAAAGCUAGAAGCUUUCCUCUGUCUGCCUCAGUCUUUUAAAAGCGGCAGAGCAAGUGCUGGGAUCACGCUGCUGGAGCACAAAUAGGAUUUGGAAGGAUGGGGAGAGAGUAACUGAUUAGAGCCUCUUGGAGCGCAGUGCAGAGCAGGCAGAUGCUCUUUAGCUCCAGCAGAGGAUGGGAGUGGAAAAUCAAUAUGCUCUAUAAAUCCUACAGCCAGGUGUCCUUUUGAUCUGAACCUUCCAAAGAACCGAGAGAAACACGUGAAACCAGCCAAAAAUCAUCGAGGAGAAAAAUGCAGCACGACGGGUAAAGCAGAAGAAGGCUCAUUCAAGAAUCCCCGCUGGGAGCUGUGGCAAAUCAUGAACCCAAUGGGUUAUUUUUCUUAUAAAUGACAGCAGCAGAUUCUCAUCAGCGGCAUUGGAGCAGAUUUCCAACAGGAGCACCCUGAAACCUUGGAUUCCAUUGUCAGAAAUGGAGGUGCUACGCCGCUCCUCAGUCUUUGCUGCGGAGGUGAUGGAGGUCUUUGACCGAUCUCCCACUGACAAGGAGCUGGUGUCCCAGGCCAAGGUGCUCUGUAGAGACUACAUACAUUCCAGGCUGAUUCGGGUUGGCAUUGGCUGGAGCAAACCUGAGUACAGUGCACCUUUCCCUGGUGGCAAGCUGGCAGAGGUGUCCAGUAUACUUCUGCGCCUAGGGGAUGAGCUGGAACACAUCCGACCAAACCUUUACCGCAAUAUCGCCCGUCAGCUGAACAUCUCGCUGCACUCAGAGACUGUGGUGACUGACGCUUUCCUGGCAGUGGCUGCUCAGAUCUUCACAGCAGGCAUCACGUGGGGCAAGGUGGCGUCACUCUAUGCUGUGGCAGCUGGGCUGGCUGUGGACUGUGUGAGACAUGCCCAGCCGGCAAUGGUUCAUACCAUCGUGGACUGCUUGGGAGAGUUUGUGCGCAAGACCUUGGUGACGUGGCUGAAGAGGAGAGGAGGCUGGGCUGACAUCACAAAAUGCGUGGUGAACACUGAUCCUAGCCUUCGCUCCCAUUGGCUUGUGGCUGCUGUUUGUAGCUUUGGUCACUUCCUUAAGGCCAUCUUCUUUGUGCUAUUACCAGAGAGAUGAAUUCCAGUUGCCAAAUGCAGCCCCAAGCUCCAUCUCCUCCCACACUGCAAAAGCAAUGAUAAUUGCAGACCUAGCUGAUACUGAGGAGGAGGAAGAAGAGAGAGGCUGGGAUAAAAAUGAAAGCAUUUCUCCCCUCUCCCUUCAAUGGAGAGCACCUGAUUGACUGCAGUCCUUCUUUCUUCAGCCAUGGAAGACUUCUCUCGUACUCAAAGUAGUCCUCUUGAAUACCCUUAUUUUUCCUGGAGUCUCUUCAAUGACCAGGAUGAAGCCAGUCCCUGAGCAGACUCAUUGCUCAACUUGUCAUUGUGUGCUGUGUUUAGCAUGGAUAUUCAUACAUAUAUUUAUUUUGGGACUAUGUUAAACACACACCAAUAUCAGGGUAGGUGGCGGGGACAGUGUCUAAAAUGGCAUCAAAGGAAACGCAUCCCUCAUUUGUUAAGUAGACCAUCUUUGGUUUAAUUCCCAGAACCACCUUUGCUAGGCACUCUUGUUAGUAAAUCAGUUGUUAACUUGGUCUUCUUCUUUCUACCCAAGCCUGACCAUUGUGCUUUUGUGCAUGGUACACAAUGGUUAAAGGGGCUCUGUUUUGAGGAUGUGAAGUGGUGAAUUACCGACUGAGCUAAAAGCAGCGCUACCCCCUGAAGUCACUUAGAAACUAGAAUGGUGACUUCGUGAUGGUGAGAACCACCAGAAUUCAGUUUGAGGUAUGCAUUGAGAUGUUAAAGGCAUGCUUAACUUAUCCAUGUACUGUAUUGUAACAGAAGUUCAAAUGGGAGUCCAGUAGCAGAUGCUGCCUGCCCUAAAUUAAUUUAAUGUCGUGUUUUAUCUGGCUGAACAAAAUAGUGGGAGCAAAGCAGCACUUUCCAAAAUGACAGCAGGUGUUGAGCAUUAUGCUAAAGACGAACUUUUCCUCCACAGAGGAAUUUAGAUGGAGCCAAACCAGUAACAUAUGUAAGUAUGAUGUGUCGGGGGUGGGGGGGGAUUUGGCAAAAACUAAGUGAGCAGUAUCAUGUUAUGAAAAGAAGUGUAUCAAAAGUGACAGAUAAAUGUUUCUUUUAGCAUAUUAUGAAGUGCAACUUGCAAUCUUCUAUUGCGAUAAACAAUAAAAAAUAGGUGGC